GAAAAACUCUCGACUUAUAACUGGAGAGUACGAAAGCCGAACUAACGCUUAGCUUUCGUGAAACUUAACAUUUAUACGCUGCAUCUUCCAAAUAUUUCAAAAGCGAGGAAAAAGAAAAUGAAUUUAUCUCGACAACUCAGCCUUCUUUCGAAUUCUGAUUUUUCUAGUUAGUCCUAUCUACUGUUCUGUUUUAUUGCUAGACAAAACCCUCGUUUCGUAGAUUCAUCUUAUAGUAGAUAAUGUUUCCUAUUCUUUGAUUAGAAAAAAAUCAUACUCUUGUCAAAAGUUGACAUUUGAAAAAAAUCAGGCUAAAAGCCAAACCUUAAAAAUUCUUCUAACAAAAGCAUAUUUUUGACAUUCUUUCCUGUCGAUAAAACGAAAGGCUCGAUAAAAGUUUAAUCUUUGACUCCCUAUCUAGAAAAAAUCACGCUCACCGCAAAGGAUGAUAUUUUUGAUAACGGAAGUGAAGGAAGUCAUUUAUCUGGAAAAAGUCACUGCGCGCGCAGACUCGUGUCUAUAUUGUUGCAACGUCGCAAACAGAGUCGACGUGGUCAACGAUACCCCGUACUGAAAAUCAUUCAAGUCUCCUCGUUCGAAGUGUUAACUUCGUUAGAGAGUAACCUUGUGUUUUUAUUACUGUUAGUCCUGUUACUUUUCAUCAGUUUCGCCGUUCGAUAGAACAAAGUAAAAAGAAGAAGAUGGCUAACCAGCAAGCUAGUAAUAACUCUGCAAAGCGAACAGGGAUUCCCGAUAUCAGCGAGAUGCAUAACGACGAGAGGAGAAGCGAACGCUUUCCCAUGUUACUGACAACAACGUAUGGACUCAACAAUUCACAUACGAAAAGGAUACUCGUGGGACUGCAAACUACUAAAAAGGGAAUCUUUGAGCCUGUAGUGAAAUUAAGCGGGAGCAACGCUGACGGAGUAUAUUUUGAUGCGGAAUCGUGGCUGCAAUUUCAAGAAAACAUGGGAGUUAUGAGCGACUACUUGAACGCGAAUAACAAAUUCAAACCGGAACCUGUAGUAAUAAAAAAUAUCUCAGUCAUCUUUACCUCAUCCUACGGGUCAAAGUCGCUAUUGUUGACGUACAAGGAGAAAGAAAAGUCAGAUUCUGCGGAAAAUACCAACGAGGAGGGCGAAGAUUCAGCACCACCGAUGAAGAAACGGAAACUCUAUGCCGUAGCAAUCGUGAUGCAGAAAACUACCUUCCUGGGCUUGGAGAACGUAAUGAAGUGCGUGGAUGCUUAUUUAGAACAUUUAAAAACUUUAAGCAAUAUCGUCAACGAGUGCGCUCACUAUUUAAUCAAAGAAAUAGAAUUGAAACUUCCGAAAAGUUACGUAGAUCGCGAUAUCAUAAACUAACGUUAAAAGGAAACUAUAGUGAAAUCGAACGCGAUGUACGUACUCAAAUUAAGGAUUUAACUUUUCUUGAUAUGUACUUUAAUAUAAUAUUUUUAGAAAUAACUUUACUGCGCUUCGACGAAAUCGUCCAUAUAAUUCUGUCAAAUCACAGGUCAUAAUUUGUACAAUUUCAUGAUAUAAACGCACUCUUUUGCAGCGUCAUAUUUAAUCAUGCAUUUUUUAAAAAGUAUAAAUCUUCGUAUGAUUAAUGUAAGAAUAAUAAUAAAUAGUUUGUAAGAUUGAUGUAACAAUAAUAAUAGUUUCCACAAAUUUUUUCUUUAUAAUAAAAGAAAAUGCGUGAUGAAACCAUCUAUUCAAUCAUGUAACUUAAAAAUGUAAGAAUAUACUCGUAGAUGUAUGAAAAAAGUUGAAUGUUUCAAUAAAUAGUCUUUUGUAACUUUAAAAACCGAAUUAUUUUUUCACUCGACCUACCUAACGCCAAGACUCUAUCUCCUGUACGUAGUAACGCUAAAAUCGUAAAGUGCUUCCUUUUGAUAAUUAUCUUUUUCUAAACGUACCAUACCUUUGAAAGCAUAUGUAUAUCGUAAAAGGCGCUUCCGUCCUUUCUAUCGUAAUUUUCAGAUAAGACCUUUCGACUUCUCAGGCCUCUUUUACCCGUUCCGCAAUUUGCUGCUAAAUUUUUCCCAAAAUACCUGUUUUUCAACCAAUCCGCUCCUGGGGGCAGCCGUGGGGGAAACCAAUAAGCACACUCUAAUUCCUCCCGGAGCCAUCCCCUUUACUUCCCAAUAAAAACGCUCCUGAUAUCGUCAGGUCUUCCCCGCCCCACCCCACGGUCC